AUGCAGAAGGCUGAGGGAUAUACUUCCUUCAGUGCAAGCCGAAAAACUCCGAACACGAUCAACGCUAUUGAUAAGCAAGUCCACCGAUUCAAGCGGAAUAUUAUGAGCCAGGUCUUCUCCGACCAAGGUUUGAAAACUAUCGAAGAGCGAUUUCUUACGAAUGUUCGAGACUUCAUCAAGCUCCUUGCUGUGAAUGAUAACAUUGAACCUCAAGAUAAGGAUGGAUGGGGUUCUACGAAAGACAUGAAUGCCAUGUGUCUGCAUCUGGCUUUUGACAUUAUCUCCGAUCUAUGCUAUGGCAAUGACUUUGAUAUGCUGAACUCGCCGGACCAGCGCUGGUUUUUGUCAGCGAUGAAGGUCAUUUCGAAAAGAAAUUCCGUGUGUAUGACCCAGCCCAAAGUGUUCAACUGGAAGCUGGAUCAGAUGUUCCUCGCACCCCAGUACAAGACGAUACUUGCAUCAGGAACAUGGGUGAAGAAGGCUACAGAUGCACGACUGCAGCUUGGCAACAACAUCAAACAAAAGGAUGCAUUUUACACCAUGAUGAACGCCAGUGAUCCCGAGACAGGUAUGUCCUUUACGCCGAAGGACCUCUGGCUCGAAUCAUGGUUGUUAUUGUUUGCUGGUUCCGACACUACAUCCACCACAAUGAGUGCGACAUUCUUCUACCUUGCCCACCACCCCGAUAUGCUUGCUCGCGUCAUCAAGGAGGUUCGGUCGAAGUUCAACUCCGAAGAAGAGAUAUGCACGGGAGAGACCCUCAACUCAUGCACAUUCCUUAUCGCAUGCAUCAACGAAGCCCUCCGAUUAGCCCCCUCCGUCCCUAGCAUGCUCCCCCGCGAAAUCAAAGAAGGCGGCGCCAUGAUAGAUGGCAACUACAUUCCCAAGGGUUUCAUAGUAGGUGUCACAUGUUACUCUAUCCAUCGCAGCCCAAAAUACUUCGACGCACCUUCGGAAUUCCGUCCAUCCCGAUGGAUCGUUGACCCCGCAAAUGGAGUCACCGAGGAAAGUGUGAAAUUGGCUAAGCAAGCAUUUGUACCCUUUGGUAUCGGACCGAGGUCCUGUGUCGGGUUCAAGUUAGCUUGGGCGGAACUUCUGGUUACACUUGGGAGGACGUUGUGGAAAUAUGAUAUGCGGUUGGCACCGGAAGCGACUUGUUGCCACGGCCAACGACAUGACUGUGAUUAUGAGAUUAUUGGAUGGAUGACUGCCAUCGCGGAGGGUCCUUUUAUUCAGUUUAGACCUGCACAAAAGGUCUAA